AUGAAAACCACAAUCAUUUCACCUCACCACGAGUCAUUUUCACCAGCUGCGGGCUGGCUAUCAAAGAUGGUAUCUCUGCCAUUUGGAAGAUCUCGCUGGAUCUCAAGAUUUUUUGUCUUGCUUGAUUCUGAAUUGAGAUUCUAUAAAGAUGAGCACUCUGAAUCAUCCUCUCAAGUCUUGAAUUUACGCCAGAUUGCCCAAGUCAUUCCAGCGUCCACUGUACAGCAUCCUUACUGCUUUCGACUUGAACCAAAACAGCAACAGCAAACAGCUCACGGAUUGAGGCCCUGGAUCAUUGAAUGCAAGUCUGAGGUCGAUAUGGAGAUGUGGGUGUCUGCCAUCAAAAACAGAAUCAACAAAUACUCGCCAGCCUCAUCUCCUUUGCUGCGACCAACAUCACAAACACACCGCGUAACAUCUGUUGCCAGCGUCAAUAGCAUCAUCAUGGCAUCACCUGAAGUGUACCGUAUGCCAGCACUCCCCCUGCGUUGUACAAACAUGAGUUGGGGAGAAGAUGAAUCAAGAAAGAGAUCCUUAUUAGCACGUAGAAACAAGAAGCUAGCUCCUAUAGUCACUCAAUCCACAUCUUCUUCAUCUUCAAUGACUUGCUCUCCUCAACCUCCACUGCCUUUACACAGUGGUUCAUUAUCCGCAAUGUCGUCUUCAAGCACGUUGCCAUCACCCACAGGUGCUGUAUUAGGCUGCUCUCUCCUCAUUUCUCCUGGCAUCAUUGACAGGUAUAGCAAUUAUUCCAACAAAGAAAACAACGGCAAGAAUCAAACUGUUCUCCGAGUGGACCAUCAAAAAAAAGACAAGCAAUGUGAUGCAAUGUCGCUUGAAAGCUCAUCACCCACUUACUUGAUGUACAAGAAGAGAUUUCAUCUUUAA